UGACCUUCAGCUCAGCAAAAAUGAAGUUGGAGGUUUUUGUUAUCUUUUCUUUCCUGCUCCAGCUCGGACUGUGUGAUCCUGUGGAAAACUUUGAAGUCAAAACAACCACUGAUGGCGGGUUCCAACUCUACCUCUCCGGGAAGCUCUGGUUCAACAAUGCAGAUGCUUGGUUCAGAGCUAACAGCCAAUGGUACUCUACAGCAGACAAGACACUCACUUUAGUUAAUACAAGCAACUCAACCGGCAGACUGGACUGGGGACCGAUGAAUAUAUACUUUUACACCUGGAAGACGAGUGAUGGUAAGCUGCAGUUCACCACUUACACUGUUGUCUUUACUGAAGUACCUGCUGUUAUCUUUGGACAGCAGUGGGAUGAUGGAGGUAAUUCCACAAGUACUGGUAAUAAUGAUGAUGUUAUCUCAAGAUGGCCGGCUUUCAAAGUUGAGGAUUUAGGACUAACCCGUGGGUAUGCAUCUUGGGGCGGAGGACAGAUAGGAAGUACCCCUACUGGUCCUUUUGAUUCCUCGCUGAAGGAGAUCUAUAAAGGAAUGGAGGGUGGAUUGCCUCUUGUAAUAUUUGAUUCUGAUAUGGAGAACACAGUUGUAAUAUCACCACAGAAUACAUUCAUGUCUUCACACCACGAGGUAUGGAAACCAGACGGAUACCAAGUCCCUGUAUUUGCUACUGGUAUACUAGGAUCAGUGGAUACAGUCCCUAAAGGAUAUGCAAUGGAGACACUAAUGGUCGCUGGUCAGAACCUCACUGACACUAUGGAUAAAUGGGGUAGACUCUUACGUGGAAGAUACAAGAAAGAUGAUAAGUAUCGUCGCAAUGAUUUUUCAAUAAACUAUCUUGGAUAUUACACUGAUAAUGGAGCCUGCUAUUACUACUACACUGGGAAAUACUCGAACUAUGAAGAAGCUAUGCUUGCAGUGAAGAAGGAUGCUGAUGAUAAUGGCCUACCUUUUAGGUAUCUUCAAAUAGACUCAUGGUGGUACUACAAAGGUGAUCAUGAUGGCGUCAAAAACUGGACUUGCAUGAGUUCCAUUUUCCCUGAUGGAAUCGAGUAUGUAUCACAAAAAACUGGUUGGCCAAUUGUUGCUCACAACAGGUUCUUCUCAGUCGAUACUGAUUAUGCCAAGCAAAAUGGAGGAUCUUUUAACUUUAUCAUUGAUUCAGGUAAAAUAGCUCUACCUGAUGAUCCUACUUUCUGGCAGUACCUUCUUUCAACGUCAAGAGAUCAGUGGAACCUUUGGACUUACGAACAAGACUGGCUUUUGACUGAAUCAGGAGGACUUAAAGAGCUGCAGAUUGAUCUUAAUCUUGGUCAAACAUGGCUAGGACAGAUGGGAGAAGCAGCUAAAGAAGAAGGACUCACCAUACAGUAUUGUAUGGCCUGGCCUAGGCACGUAAUGCAGGCAGUGAUGAUACCAGUUGUGACACAGACUAGAGCUAGUGAUGAUUAUCAUCCUGGUAACGGCCAAUGGAAGAUUGGUGAUUCCAGCAUUCUCCUUCACUCUCUUGGUAUAGCUCCAUUUAAAGAUAACUAUCACACAACCUCUACUCAAUCAGACUGCAAGUUCACUACAGCAGAACCUAGUCCUAAACUGCAGACCUAUGUAUCAGUGUUGAGUACUGGCCCAGUGGGUCCCAGUGAUACUGUAGGAGGAGCAGACAAGCAGCUCAUCCUUGCUACUUGUAUGAGUGAUGGUCUCAUUCUGAAGCCAUCAAGACCUGCUAUGUCUCUCGACUCUACGUUCCUUCAGCGAGCACUUGGUAAAGGAGGCCCUGAUGGAUAUCUCACUGCAACUUAUACUGAAGUUUCUGGUUACACAUGGUAUUACAUACUGGGGGCUGAGCUUAAAAGCGAUUAUCAAAUGUCGCUUACAGAAUUACCAGCUGCUCGUGACGGUACCAAGCCUAAGACCUCCUUCCCGGAAUCAGUAGCAGUUCAAUAUGACCUUGACAAAACUGUUGCAUCAAAUUACGUUAAAAUAUCAGAUUCAAGUGCAAAGCUGACAAUAAAAUCCUGUCAAGUAUCAGAUUUCCAACACUGGUACAUAGCACCUGUACUACCAGGCAGUGGUGGAGCAUUGCUAGGAGAGUUGGAUAAGGUAGUACCAAUAUCAGAGCAGAGGGUUCUCACUGUAAUCCUCUUCGCUGGUACUUACGUUGUUAAAAUGAGAGGAGCUCCUGGAGAAGUGGUAUCAAUGUCGACAAUAAAUACUAGUGAUGGUAAAGUGACUAGUAUUGAUUGUACAUUGGACUCUACAGGUGCUGGGACGCUAGGGUUCUCUGAUGUUAAGAACCUCUCCUGCUAAAUCACUAACCAAGCUAUUAUUAUUGCAGAAUUGCUAGCUGAUAAAACUGCUUUUUGCUAUGCAGAAUUCUAGUUAGUAUUUUAAGUUUAUUAAUAUUAAUAAAUUUAUAAACUGAGCUGGAACUGGGCGCGCAUGCGCAAAACAGAUACCCUGCACGUGCUUCUUUCUUUCAUUUUUCACCUCAAAAUAAUAAUGGAUCAGAAACCAAGAUAUGGAAAAGUCAUAAAGCUAUUGGGAAGAACAGGGUCACAAGGCCAGUGUACUCAAGUCAGAGUCGAAUUCCUGGACGACAGCAGGUCUAUAAUACGAAAUGUUAAAGGUCCAGUGAGGGAAGGAGACGUCCUCUGUCUGUUGGAAUGUGAGAGAGAGGCUAGAAGACUUCGUUGAUAUAAACUAGUGGGUGUGGUCUGGGUUUAUUAAUGAUUAUUAAUCCUCUCGUGAUGUAACAAAAGAUUUAAAUUGAUUAAAAUUAAUGGCA